GUACACGCUAGAUGUCGUUAAUGUCGUUCCGUUCGGAAAGACGAAAAGCAUUGUGGGACGUACGUGAAAUUUAUUUCUGUAGGAUUUAAAAGUAAAUAAUAUCGUACACACAAGACUCUGAAAACAGUAAACAGCAACUUAUUUUACACUGUGAGACGAUCUAAUUACCUGUGUCUGAUACUCGACACUGCGAUCUGGCUAAAUCGCUGUAAUGGAAAAUGCAGAAAACAGGAGCUGGACUAAAAUAUAAAAGAGGAGAUGGAAAAAAUUCCAAUUUACAAAGUUUACUUCUCUAGAAACUUUUGUUAUAACAUUUGAAGAUAUCUGAUUGAGGAAUGUGUCAUUAUGUCUGAGGUAAGUGAGAGCCCACAUCAGGAAGAUAAUCACUCAGAUAUAAAUGGUAAUUCUAGUGGGAUACAUUGGGAUGACCAGAUUCUAAAUGCUGCUUUGCCACCUUACAAACCAGUUCUACAAGAUGAUGAGCCUUUUAAGCCUCAGAAUUUCUAUACCUGUCCAAUUUGUCAUGACAGGUAUCUGCUGCAAUCCAGCUUGGAUUUCCACAUGAAGAGGCGAAGCUUGCAAAUAAAAUAUCAUUGUCAAAACUGCAAUCGUUUUAUCACUGAUUACAAUAGAUGCAGCUUUCUGAACCACCUACAACAACACUCAGACUCUGGAGGAUAUCUGACUGACACACUCCAUGUCACAGUGACGCCUCUUGCUGAAGACCAGCUUAGGACAGACCAACAGACAUUCGAAAACAAAGAUUAUACCCAGAACAUUUUUGUGAAACCCUCAUCUACUGCAACAGUUGGACUCAACAAAAAUGGUGCUCCAUCUGAGAUAACUACAAAUGCAGCAGUUGCAGUGCAUACAGAGGAACAGGCUCAGCAAAGAACAGCUGUAGAAGAUGCCCUUUACACAACUGCUAUGAGUAAUAUUAAAGUCUCCAAAAACCUAACAAUGCCAGAGGUGUGCAAGGAAUGUGGCAUGAAACUUCUUAUUGACUUAAGGAAUCACUUACUGAGGCCAAGCUGUUAUGUUGACCCUGGGUUAGAAUGUCAGCAAUGCAAAUUAAUUUUACCAUCAAUAUGUAGUCUUCGUGCUCAUAAGAGGUAUCAUCAAAAAUUGAGACCCCACACAUGCCCUGAGUGUGGACGUAUCUUCUCUCUUUGGGCAUCAUUCCUGGUUCACCUCAAUUAUUCAUGUUUUCAUUUGUCUCGGUGUAUUCGAUUCAGAUGCCCAAAAUGUGCAACACUUUUUUAUUCUGUUGAAUUGCUUGAAAUGCACUACUUUUCUGAUCACAUCAAGACAGUGUUUAAAUGUGACUUGUGCCCCAUAGCAUGCUUUGAUACUAUUUCUGUUGAUCAACACAAGGCAAUUGCCCAUGUGAAAAAGGAUGUAAAGACUCUCCAAUUUCAGCAGUGCCAGAUAUGCCCAGAUCGCCUCACCCCAAAAGAACAAAUUGCUGGUCAUGUUUUGGAACAUACCCGCAGUAAAAAGUGCCUGGCGUUUGGGUUUGAGUGUACUGGAUGCAAAAACUUCUUCCAGCAGAAGGCUGUAUUUGGAGCACACCAGUGCAGUGGAUCACCAGCGUGUGCAGAUCGUGCUCAGGGGACUAACUCACAAGGAGACAGUAUGAUAGCAUCUGACUGUAGUACUGACAAUGCAUGCAGAGAUGGGGGUAAAAAUACCUCUGUUAGCAGUACCACUGAUAAUAUGAACAGCAGUGAUAAUUCUGUUAGCACCAACAACCUAGAGACAUCUGUUGAUAAUAUUGAUGAUAAUAACUGGAAUAAUACUACUUCUACAAGCAGCCAAAGGUCUGAUAUCCCAAAGUGUCUUCCAAUAAAAAUUUUAACCCGGAGCUUCCCGGUGAAGAAGCUGUCGUCUCCAAAAACUAUACAACCGAAACCGGUUUCACAGGCUGAAAAACCACCUAUUAGACAGUACGGCAACAACAGGCUCAGCAAUGUAACUGUGAAGACAAAUGGAAACAGAUUUAUUCCAACAAAACACAUUACACUUACGCAGGAUUUAAAAAAGAAUACUCUAAUAGCAAAUAUUUUGCCUGCACAAGCAACUGUGAGAAGCACAGAUGGAGGUGUAUUAAAAGUCCGUAGAGUUAUUCGUAAUUGUAGUUCAUGCAAAAGAGAAAUUGUGUUCCAUUCUCCUUCAUUGGAACAAUACUCCAUGCUUCCUUCCAAAUGUUACAACUGCUUAAAAAAACACAAUGCUCUCUCAGGUUCAGGAAGCAUUUUUACUUCAGGAACUAAAACAAUUGUGCACCUGCAGAAGGCAAAUAGCCCUAAUAAAACUUUAGCUGUUGUUUCUGCUCCAAAACUGAUGGCAACUCCGGUUUCAAGUACAGUUACAGCCACACAUCCCACAACAGUGAUACCUACUACCAGGCAAUUGAAACCUCUUGGCAGCAUAGUGACAGAAAAAUUGGAAGAAACUAAAGAAAGUGCUCGUUUUGCAUUUAAUGGCCCUCAUAGUAGUACUGAUUCCAAAGCUCCUCCUGGGCAGUUCAAGUGCCACAUUUGCAAAAAGCUAAUUAAUAUACAGUCCAGUGAUAUUCAGGAUCAUUUUAGCAAAGAGCACAAAAACAUAGAGAUCCAUAAACUUACUCCACUUCUGAAAAAAAUUAAUAUUGAACAUUCACAGAAAGGGAAAGAGUUAGGUACUAUCAUCAAAAUGGAACCAGAAGACAGUGAAAGUCUUGAGCCUCCACUAAACACUUCCUCUGGAGAAAAAUCUGAAACUCCUGAACCACCUAAAAAGAAAAAGAAGUCAAAAUUAGGAUCCAAAGACAAACCACCUGCACCUGUUACACCCUUCAGUUCAGGAAAGCUUAUAUUCCCAGUUGUAAAAAAAGAAGACAAUAAGUAUGAAUGUUUCAAAUGUCAGUUUACCCACAUUGAUAAAGGUGAAUUUGAAUCGCACAUUGUCCUUCAUAAGACAGAUUCUAGUUCUUUCCAAUGCAUGGAAUGUGGAAUGUGUUUUAUUGUCCAACCAUCAUUUGAGAAGCACCUUUUAGUCUGCCAUGGCAUAAGAGAUGUUGAAAAAUAUGUAACUGAAAAUCUUAAUUGUAAACAAGAUAGUUAUGACCCUUACAAUGGAUUCUCCCCAGUGACUGUAUCAUCAGAUGACGAAGCUGAUGAAAACAAAUGUAGUGUGUGCCAUGAUAGUUUUGAAACAUCGGAAGAAUUAGAUAAGCAUUUCCGUGUGCAUGGGAUGGCAUUUCUUCUCAAGAAACAACGAGAACUUAGACAAAUAAUAACAGCAUAAUGUGUGGACAUCCAUUGUUUGUGUAAAAGUUUUUCUCACAUUUCAUAGCAAUGUAUGUCAUUAAUAAAUGUUAUUUCAAUGUGUGCUAUUAGCUAAUAUGUCUAAAAGCAAAGUUUUAUAACAUGUUACUCAGAUUCAUCAAAUGACUGUUAAUUUCUUCGCUAUGUGAAGUUCUGUCUUAAAAUGAUGUAAAAAUCUUAUGCUCCCAUGGGGUAGGUUGCAAUUUUAUUUGCUUUAUCUUAUGUGACAUGUAGAAUAGUGCAAUUCAAUCACUGCAGUAUAAAAGUAUGUGUCAAAUGUUUGUUCCUUUUAUAGCUGUCAUAUCCCUUCUUUUCUUUUAAUUUCACUUUAAAAUAAGUUUUCUGUAACUGUAGUAAACUCAUUGCUGGACAA